UCAUCAUCAUCAUCAUCACCAGCAUUGUACCUGACACCACUACGACAAUCAGAAUAUUAUGUACAGGUUCGGUACAUUUUCACAGAGAAGAUCUUGGCCAUUAUGGACAAUAAUCCUUAUUUUUCUUGGAAUGAUAGCAGUCUUGGGAGUAACUAUUGGUCUCCUUGUUCAUUUUCUGGCAGUUGGAAAGAUUUACCAUUACCAAGGUGAUUUUCGUAUUUCUGGAGUCACAUACAAUGAUAGUUGUGAAAAUGCAGCUUCACAAGGUAGCACAGAUUUAAACAAAGAUAUUGAGACUAAGAUGUUGGAUGCAUUUCAAAAUUCUAGUAUAUACAAAGAAUAUGUCAACUCUCAGGUCAUUAAACUUCUUCCUUAUCUCAAUGGUUCAAGCAUACAGUUGCAGCUAACAUUCAAGUUUCCUCCAGCAAAGAGGGAUAGAGUGAAGACUGAAAUCAAAGCUAUCUUACAUCAGAUGUUGAAAAACAACAUGGCAUCCUGGAAUGCAGUUCCAGCUUCCAUUAAACUUAUGGAAAUCAGCAAGGCUAAUGCUGAAAUGCUUACCAACAACUGUUGUGGAAGACAAGUGGCCAAUAGUAUGAUAGCAGGCAACCGAAUUGUGAAUGGGGAAAAUACCCUGGUGGGGGCAUGGCCAUGGCAAGCCAGCAUGCAAUGGAAGGGCCAACACCACUGUGGAGCAUCUCUGAUCAGCAGCAGAUGGCUGUUAUCUGCAGCUCACUGCUUUAAUAAGAAAAAUAAUUCAGAAGAUUGGACUGUGAACUUUGGAACUGUAAUAAAUAAACCAUAUAGGACAGGGAAAGUCCAAAAUGUUAUUUCUCAUGAGAAUUAUAACAGGGCUGGCGUUCAUGAUGAUAUUGCCCUUGUGCAGCUGGCUGAAGAAGUUUCUUUUACAAAGUACAUUCGUAGGAUUUGUCUUCCUGAAGCCAAAAUGAAGCUCUCAGAAAAUGACAGUGUUGUAGUCACAGGAUGGGGAACACUUUAUAUGAAUGGUCCCACUCCAAAGAUACUUCAACAGGCCUUUGUGAAGAUUAUCGACAAUAAAGUUUGCAAUGCUCCACAUGCAUUAUCAGGCUUUGUGACUGAUAAAAUGCUCUGUGCUGGAUUUAUGUCAGGAGAAGCUGAUGCCUGUCAGAAUGAUUCUGGUGGGCCGCUAGCUUACCCUGACUCUAGAAAUAUCUGGCAUCUUGUUGGAAUAGUAAGCUGGGGUGAGGGAUGCGCAAAAAAGAACAAGCCAGGUGUCUAUACUCGAGUGACUGCUUAUCGUGAUUGGAUUACCUCCAAGACUGGACUCUGAAAGAAAAGUUAUUUUGGAGUGAAAAAUAAAGACAACUGCGGGAUAUUCUUAUCUGUUGCUUUAAAAUCUUUUUCUUUCAACUGUUAAUGUACCAAUCAUUUUCUUAUAUACAAAUAUAUAAAGGUCUUCAUCAAUAAUUUAUCUCAAAACCACUAUUAGUUUAUUUAUCUAUUUAUCUAAUAUAGGAA